UUCUCAACGACAACAAGAGAUAACGCGGGGUUGGGGGAUCGGUACGACGGGGGCAGGGGAUCUUAUACAAAAGCGACAGCAGAUAUGGCUGACUUUGCCGUCACCUGUCAAUUCUUCCUCUUACUUACAUAUCCUCUGUUCUCCCGGGGCGACACUGUUUUUGAGUAACUGCACAUCAAGAUGGCGUCCAAAGUUACCAACCAGACACUCCAGGACAAGGAGAAUGCCUUGUUUGACGACACGGUUGAUGUUGAGGACCGCAACGAUGCGUCGACGGCUCGCGUGGUGGACCACAUUGCCGAGCGGCAACUGUGCCGCAAGUUUGACGUGCGACUGAUGCCAGUGCUGGCCCUCAUGUAUCUAUUCAAUGCCUUGGACAAGGGCAACCUUGGUCAUGCUAAGACCGCGGGCCUCGAUCGUGACCUCAACUUUAAGGAUCACCAGUAUAAUCUGACUAUCUCCAUCUUCUUCGUCCCCUAUGUGGUGUUCGCGCCGCCCGUCGCCAUCAUUGGCAAGAAGUUUGGUCCUGCACGCGUGCUGCCCAUUCUCAUGUUCAUCUUUGGCUCCAUGACACUCCUCUCGGCAGCCGUACACAACUUUGGUGGCCUCUUUGCUCUGCGCUUCUUUCUGGGUGCCGCCGAAUCCGGUUUUUUCCCACUGGUUAUCUACUACCUCACCACCUUUUACCGACGUGGCGAGCUCGCUCGACGCCUGGCCGUCUUCUACGCGGCGUCGAACAUUGCCAAUGCGUUCUCCGGCCUCCUGUCGUUUGGCGUCUUCCAUAUUGAGUCCAAGCUGUUUGUCUGGCGCUACCUGUUCAUAAUCGAAGGCGCUGCGUCCGUGCUCUUCGCCAUCUUUGCGUUCUGGUACCUCCCGCGCUCGGCGGCCGAGUCACGCUUCCUGGGCGCCGAAGAGAAGGCGCUCGCCUUUCACCGUAUCCAGGUCGACUCGUCCUCGACCGUGUCCGAGGAGUUCAACCUAAAGGACUCGAUCAAGAUCUUCAAGUACCCGACGACCUACGCCUUUUUGAUGAUCGAGAUCUGCCUCGGCGUGCCGAUCCAGAGCGUCGCGCUGUUCAUGCCGCAGAUUAUCUCGCGUCUGGGCUACGGUGUCAUCAAGACGAAUCUCUACACCGUCGCGCCCAAUGUCGGUGGCGCGGUCAUGCUGCUCAUCCUGGCGUUCAGCUCCGAUUUUCUGAGGAUUCGGUUCCCCUUUAUCAUUCUCGGCUUCGCGCUGACGUUUAUCGGAUUCAUUGUCUACGCGUCCAUCUCGGACGUCCAGGCGCAGCUGCAGGUUGCCUACUUUGCCACGUUCAUGAUGGUCUGGGGCACGUCGGCGCCGUCUGUCCUGCUGUCGACCUGGUACAACAACAACAUUGCCCACGAGGGCCGUCGUGUGGUGCUCACCUCUGUUGGCGUGCCCCUGGCCAACAUUAUGGGCCUGGUGUCGAGCAACAUCUUUCUGGAGGAGGAGAAGCCCAAGUACCCCACUGCGCUGAUCACGACGGCUGUCUUCGGCAUGUGCGGCUGUCUUAUUGCGAGCCUGCUGGGCGGCUACAUGACGUGGGACAACUGGAGGAGGAACAGGAAGGCUGGCGUCAAGACGACGGCGAGGGAUGUGCCGACGCUGAAGCUGAGGGAGGGGCCGAACGUGCCCGAGUUCCGAUGGAUGCUGAUCCUAUAUCUCCAACUUUGUGUCCACCUGACGAUCGGAAGAAGCACUGGGAAAAUGACUUCAUACGCGCCCAAGGUGGGAGACCCCAUCUCCUCCCUCGACACGCCCUCCAUGGUCGUCGACAUCCCCCUCAUGAACGCCAACAUCCAGAAGCUCUUUGCUACUCUGCUCCCCACGGGGCGCAACAUCCGUCCCCAUCUCAAAACGACCAAAUCCGCCAUCCUCGCGCAGAAAUUGGUCGACGCGGGCGCCAAGGGUGGGUGCGUCGCCAAGCUGAGCGAGGCCGAGGUCAUGACGGCGCGCGGCUUCACGGACCUCCUCAUUACCUGCGAGAUUGUCGGUGCCGCCAAGGUGAAGCGUCUCGUGGCGCUGUACCGCAAGAACAGACAGCUGCGUAUCGUGGUGGACAGUAUUAAGGGCGCGAGUGCCAUCAACGACGCCCUGGUGGAGGACGAUGAGAAGAACGGCCCCCUUGAACCGCUCAACGUGCUCAUCGAUCUGGACGUCGGUCUGCGUCGCACGGGUAUCGACGCCGGCCAGCCCGCUUCGCAGCUCGCGGCGCACAUUGCCACGCUUCCCAAACUCAAGCUCAUCGGCGUGCAAGGCUACGAGGGCCACCUGCAGCAUGUACACGGGGACGAGGAGCGCAAGGCACAGUGUCUCGCAUCCAUGUCCAUUCUCACAUCGACAGCCGACGCGCUGCGCAGUGAGGGCCACGACAUCCAGGUCGUCACGACGGGCGGCACAGGCACGGCCGAGUUCUGCGCGACGGUGCCGGGCGUGACGGAGCUGCAGCCGGGCAGCUUCAUCUUCAUGGACACGGACUACCGCAACGCCAUUGGGGCCGGACGCUACGAUCAGUCGCUGACCAUCCUGGCGACGGUCGUCAGCAAACAGACGCCCAGCCAGGUCACCAUCGACACGGGGCUCAAGAGCCUGACGACGGACAGCGGGCUGGCCGAGUGCAAGGACCAGAGGUACACAUACGGCUGCCUGGGCGACGAGCAUGGUAGUCUGCGCUGGGAGGAGGGCACGCCGCCGCUGGAUGUGGGUGAUCGCGUCGAGAUGGUCCCGAGUCACAUUGAUCCGACUAUCAACCUGCACGAUGUGUACUAUGCGCACGAGGGUGGUGUGAUUCGGGAGAUAUGGCCCGUCGACACGAGAGGCAAAGUGCAAUAG